AUGCUUACUACCAAGCCCACUCUGGUUCUGGUUACCGGUGCCAACCAAGGCAUCGGCUUCGAAGCCGUCAAGAAGCUAGUUCUUGAACACAAAAACUAUCAAAUCCUCAUGGGUGGACGGAGAAAGGACGCCCUUGAAGAUGCUGCUCGGCAGCUCAAGGAAAUAGAACCAAACGCCAAUGUUGAGCCGCUAGUACUCGACCUGACCUCGGAUGAAUCCAUUGCAGCGGCCGUGCAUUAUAUCAACGAAAAGCACGGUUAUCUCGAUGUUCUAAUCAAUAAUGCUGGAAUUAGUGGCAGCUCCGCUCGUGGUCCUUGGCCUCGAACAGAAUGGCAGGAAGUUUUCAACACCAACGUCUUCGGCACUUCAGUUCUCACAGAGUCGCUUCUCCCGCUUUUGGCGAAGUCAGAUAAAACAAAACGCAUCGUCUUCGUCACUUCAGAACUCGGCAGUAUCGAGCGGAAGUUCAAACCAUCAAAUGAGUUUGUCCUCCCUUACAAGGUCUACGCUGCUAGCAAGGCGGCCUUGAACAUGCUUUCGGUAAACUUGGCGAUGCAAUACUCGCAGGAUCCAACUUGGAAGAUCAACUUGGCAUGUCCAGGACACUGCGCGACGCGCUUCACCGACUACGCGGGUCCUGAUUCUCCGGCCAAUGGGGCACUCAAUAUCUGCCGUCUUGCCACGAUGGAAGUGGACGGAGAAACUGGUAGGAUGUCUAAUAGAUUUGGAACCAUUCCAUGGUAG